GCCCAAAUAUCAAAUCAACGGACCAAAACUCAACAAAAUAUAGAUCAGUUUGAAUAACUGAAGCGAGUGCUGGCUUUGGAAUACUGGAACCACUUGGCAGUGUUACUCUGACAAUAUAUACCCACGUAGCCGUUACGUUCAAAGUCAUGUUGACACAUUUCCUACCAUGUGGCAAACAACGGCUACACGUUCUUGUCUCUGUGUCGACACAAUCAGGAGGCCCCCCAAACCUCCAUUAAGUUUUCCAAAAAGAAAGUUAGAAACUUCUCUCCUUUGUGUCUGAUUCGGAAGAGAAAUAAUGGCUCCAAGGCGUACGAAGAAGGAUACCGUGAAGACAACGAAAGUGGUGGAAGAAAGUUUGGAAGUCGCUGUGGUAACAACUGGCAUCAAAACCCCCACAGAACUACAUGUCUUCACCAAAGCAAUGCACCAGAACAUUGAAGAAGAGACGAACCAGCCUAAGUAUAGUCCUAAAGGACAAUUAGGUGGGCUUCCUCCUCAUUCUCCUUCAAGAAAGGAAAAUAAGCAGGCGUCGCACCCUGAAGCUGGACCUGGGAAUGAAGGGAAGGGAACAAAAAAGAAAGGAAGGCCACCAAAGGGCGAGGGUGAGGGUGAUGGAACAAAAAAGUGGAGGAGGAAGAGGAGAAGUGGGGUGAGUGUUGUUGGGGUAGAAUUCAGGAGGUAUCUGUACAGGGUGUUAAAGCAGGUGCACCCAGAUCUGGGCAUAUCGUCCAAGUCCAUGACAGUGUUGAACGGCUUCAUGAACGACAUGCUAGAAAGGCUGGCCAACGAGGCCUCCCGGUUGUGCAAGUACAUUGGCAAGAAGACGCUGACUUCCAAAGAGAUUCAAGCCGCCGUCCGGUUGAUCUUGCCUGGGGAGCUCGCCAAGCACGCCAUCUCCGAGGGAACCAAAGCUGUCACCGCCUACCUCUCCAAACGACCAUCCGGCAGGUCCUAGCUUAGCCUAGUAGCAGGAGGCCACAUACCCACUUAAUUACCACUUACUACUGACCUGCAAGCUCCACUAGCCACCCUUUUCAUUCUGUUUUUUGCCCUUUCAUGGCCUUUGACUUUGUGUACUACAUAAGACCAGGCGGAUACUCUUUUUGAGAAGUAUAGACUAGAGAUUUUAAGCUUGUAAUUUGGAGAGGUUUCUCUCUCAUACUUUGUACAUACUACAUAUGCAUGCAAGAAUCAAGAUAAAGAAUGUGAUCCGACUCUGCUCGAGCCGGGAGAACACUACUUUCUGUUUU